AGUCGAAGACUUCGAAGUUUCGUUUUCUCUCUCUCUCUCUCUGGUUUACAUUUUGCCUUUUGAAAGAAAACCUCGAAGGAUGGCAGCCUGGGCAGCAGCGGCUCGUCAAGCCGCAUCUCUAGCUCGGAUUUCCUCUCCGGCGUCGGCGAUUUCUGGAUCUCAAGCUGCUAAGUUAAUCCAGCGUCGCGGUCUUGCAAGUGGUGGAGACCAUCAUGGACCCGCAAAGGUGAAUUGUUGGCAAGACCCUAUGAGCCCAUCACAAUGGAAGGAAGAGCAUUUUGUGAUUGUUUCUCUAUCUGGCUGGGGCUUACUUUUCUUUGGAGGCUACAAGUUCUUUACCGGAGGCAAGAAAGACAAGAAGGAUGAGAUAGUGGCAGAAGCAUCACACUAGAUCAAUUGGGAGCUUUCUUGCAGUUUCUGUGAUACUUGGUUGCACUGGGAAAUAAAGUAUUAGAUAGGACUGCAUCAUCUCUAGGGAGAGGAUAUUUUUCUUUGUGGUGAGACAAUCCAUUUUUGGGCAGUUUUUACCCAUGACUCCAGAGGAGGAUAUGAUG